UCAUAUAAAUACCCAAAUCUCAAACUCUGAGCGAAUUAGGGUUUUAGGUUCUUAUAUAUAAUUUGGCCUCUCAUCGAUUUCACUCUCUGAAAAGCAAGCGCCUCCAAAAUCGAAGAAAAUGGUGAAGGGACGCCAAGGAGAGCGAGUCAGGCUCUAUGUUAGAGGAACAAUCCUCGGCUACAAGAGGUCCAAGUCAAACCAGUACCCCAACACAUCCCUGAUCCAGAUUGAGGGAGUGAACACCAAGGAGGAGGUUGGGUGGUAUGCUGGCAAGCGUAUGGCUUAUAUCUACAAGGCCAAAGUGAAGAAGAAUGGAAGUCACUAUCGCUGCAUUUGGGGUAAGGUGGCUAGGCCUCAUGGUAACAGUGGCGUUGUCCGUGCCAAGUUCACGUCCAAUCUUCCACCAAAAUCCAUGGGGGCUAGAGUUAGGGUUUUCAUGUACCCCAGCAAUAUAUGAGCUCAGGUUGUGUAGAUGCUGGAUUUAGCUGGUGACAGAAGAAUUAUGUUUUUUAUGAGCUAAAUUUAUGUCAUGUACUUUCGAGCUGAGUCAUUUUUGUUUAUUUAGGUUGGUGGAUGGAACUUUGAAUCUUUACUAAUGUCAUUGAGAAGUUUCUUCUUGUUUGUUUCUUGAUACAAGUAUUUGGAUUAUCAACAUUUCAUAGAAAUGGAUAUUGAGCAAACUUAGUUUAUGUA